GCAUUUUCCUCCUCUACUUUGUUGCAGGAGCGAGAAGGGAGGGUGUGAGAAAAUAACGUAGACAUCUUUACGCCGAUAGUCUUCUGUGUGGUGCCCCCCCGGCCAACUUGCGCGCUCUCCGGCCCCCUGUGAAAAAAGUAUUCGGGGACACGUUUCGGCGUUGUGCAAACUGCUAUGCCCGCGCCUUCCGGAGAACAGUCAGAAGACCAGGAGAUGGCUACCGAAGAAGCGGAAGACGAUUCUUUAGCCGGGUCGGAGGCGGCGGAGGAGGAGGAAGAAGAAGCGGGCAGUGGCAGGGGAGGCGCUGGUGAUGGGGGUAGCCAGGAGUCAGACGAGGGGGCGUCAACACGCGCUCCCCCGACCCCCAGCGUCGGUGGAGGUGGCACUGAGGACGAGCCCCCUGGGGAAGAGGAGGAGGAAGAGCCCCCUGAGACGCCGCCCAAGCCGAAGAAAGCCAAGGCGAAAAAGCGCAAGGGCAAAGGUGGCGACGGCGAACGCAAGAAGGGCAAGAAGAAGAAGAAGAAGCGUGCCGCCUCGGAAGAUGAGGACGACAGUGACAGCCAGCUGCUGGGUGGCCACUCGGACAAUGACAGUGACUAUGUGGUGGACCGCAAAAGCGCUAAGAAACCCCGGCUGGACAAGUCUGCCGACGCCACGGUGGCGGCGGCGGCGGCGGUCGCUGCCGCCCAUGCUGUCCAGGCGGCCGCUGGUGCAGGCGAGCCAGAGCAGCAAAAAAGCUCGUUAGAAGUGUGCGAGGAGCUGGGUCUCACGGACGUGCCUAUGGAGUACACUGACGCGGACUACCAGAACCUGACGAGCUACAAGCUCUUUUCACAGCACGUACGGCCCCUAAUCACUAAGGCAAACCCGAAGAUCGCAAUGGCCAAGAUAGUGAUGCUCAUCUCGGCCAAGUGGCACGAGUUCCUGAGGGACAACCCCAACGCCGACGACGCCCUCGAUGAAGACGACAAGCCCGUGCGGCAGUCCAGGCCAGCAGCAUCCACACCCACUGGUUCCACCAAAGACAAUGAUGGGGAGCGGUCAAGCCGAAGCAAAACGAAAAAGAAGAAGUCUGUGCCUUUACUGAAAAUCAAAUUGGGUGGCAUCGGCAAACGCAAAAAGCAGAGCUCUGAAGACGAGAACAGUGUGAGCGAUCAGAGCGAUGCGGAUUUUGAGGCUGCGCUGGAAGAAGCGCAGAAUAUGACUCCUCCCCCGGCUAAGAGCGACAAGGGUUCUUCCAAGAAGGGCAAAGCCAAGAAGGCCAAGAAGAAAAAGAAGACCAAGACGACUGCGAGCUUCCCCAACUCGGAUGCAGAGAAUGAUGGCUACGAGACGGAUCACCAAGACUAUUGCGAGGUGUGCCAGCAAGGGGGUGAAAUCAUAUUGUGCGACACGUGUCCACGUGCCUACCACUUGGUCUGCUUGGAGCCCGAACUCGAAGAACCACCCGAAGGCAAAUGGAGCUGCCCACAUUGCGAGGGCGAAGGUAUACAGGAACAAGAAGAAGAUGAACACAUGGAGUUCUGCCGGGUGGAGCCGCUCAAGGGAAAGGUUCAAAGAAUCCUGUUCUGGCGCUGGGCCGAGGUGAAAGGAGACGCAAGCGGCGACGCCAAGAAGGAGGAAGGCGGCAAGGCCGAGGAUAGCUUGAGCAGCAGCAAUGGCCAGGUGGCCGCAGUGCCAUCGACGUCGACGGCGCCCCCACCGCAGCCGUCCACGAGCAAGAAACCACAGCCGAAGCCUCUCAGGGAGUUUUUUGUCAAGUGGCACGACAUGUCCUACUGGCACUGCUCCUGGAUCUCUGAAAACCAGUUGGAUGUCUACCAUCCGGGGUUGUAUCGUAACUACUGUCGCAAGAACGACAUGGACGAUCCCCCGCUGCCAGACGACGGCUCCAACGGGACCAGCGACAACAAGAGCAGCCGGGAGGAGAAGCAUGCGCGAGACAAGAACUACCAGAACCUGGAGGAGAAGUACUAUCGCUACGGCAUCCGGCCCGAAUGGCUACAGGUGCACCGCAUCAUCAACCACCGGACGCUGCGCGACGGCUCAAACCUGUACCUGGUCAAGUGGCGAGAACUGCCCUACGACCAGUCCUCAUGGGAGGCUGAGGAGCCCGGGGAGUUUGAGAUCCCUGAUCUCCAGAAGGCCAUUCAGGACUACUGGGACCUGAGGGCCUCAGUCGAGAACGCCGAUCAAGCACCUGCCACGAGCAAGAAGUCCUCAGGCGGGAAGAGUAAGUCCAAAAGCAAGAAGUCUAGGGAUCUCCGGGACGACGACUCCCGGGGCGGCAGGGGCACCCCAGACCACCAGGACCGCGCCCCCGUGGACCCGAAGCGGAAGUACGAGUCACAGCCGCCGUUUGUCCUUGAGAACGACAACGAGCUGCACCCGUAUCAGCUGGAAGGGGUUAACUGGCUCCGCUUCUCCUGGGCCAACCACACGGACACAAUCCUUGCCGACGAGAUGGGUCUGGGCAAGACCAUCCAGACCAUUGUCUCUUACUCGCUCUUCAAGGAGGGCCACUGCCGCGGUCCCUUCCUCGUGAGCGCCCCACUAUCGACCAUCAUCAACUGGGAGCGCGAGUUUGAGGUGUGGGCACCGGAUUUCUACGUGGUGACCUAUAUUGGGGACAAAGACAGCCGAGCUGUCAUUCGAGAGCACGAGUUUUCUUUCGACGAGAAGGCGGUUCGCAACCCCAACAAGGCCUGCCGCAUGAAGAAAGAUUCAGCCGUGAAGUUUCACGUGUUGUUGACUUCUUACGAAUUGGUGUGCAUUGACGCCACCAUUCUUGGCUCUGUGGACUGGCAAGUGCUAGUCGUGGACGAAGCUCAUCGACUGAAAAACAACCAGUCUAAGUUCUUCAAGGUGCUGAACAACUACAAGAUCAACUACAAGCUUCUUCUGACUGGUACACCCCUCCAGAACAAUCUGGAGGAGCUCUUCCAUCUCCUCAACUUCCUGAGUCCGCAAAACUUCAAUGACCUGCAGGGAUUCCUGAACGAGUUUGCUGACCUGGCCAAAGAGGAGCAGGUGAAGAAGCUUCACGAUCUGCUGGGAUGCCACCUCUUGCGGAGGCUCAAAGCAGAUGUGCUCAAGGGAAUGCCCUCUAAGAGCGAAUUCAUCAUUCGCGUUGACCUUACCCCUCUCCAAAAGAAGUAUUACAAGUACAUCCUCACUCGUAACUACGAGGCACUCAACGCCAAGGGAGGCAGUCAUUCCGUGUCCUUGCUGAACAUCAUGAUGGACCUGAAGAAAUGCUGCAAUCACCCCUAUCUGUUUCCUGCUGCCUCUCAGGAGGCACCGCGCAUGCCCAACGGCGCAUACGAAGGCACGGCUCUCACGAAGGCUUGCGGCAAGCUCAUCCUGCUGCACAAGAUGCUGCGCCAUCUGAAGGAAACUGGCCACCGUGUCCUCAUCUUCUCUCAGAUGACCAAGAUGUUGGACAUCAUGGAGGACUUCUUGGAAGCUGAGGGGUACAAGUAUGAACGCAUCGAUGGAGGCAUCACUGGCAGCCAACGACAGGAGGCCAUUGAUCGGUUCAACGCUCCCGGUGCGCCCCAAUUCUGCUUCCUUCUGUCUACGAGGGCGGGUGGCCUAGGCAUCAACUUGGCUACUGCAGACACUGUCAUCAUUUACGAUUCUGACUGGAACCCACAUAACGACAUUCAGGCGUUCAGCCGUGCUCACCGAAUAGGCCAGGCCAACAAAGUAAUGAUCUACCGGUUCGUGACGCGUGCCUCAGUGGAGGAACGCAUCACGCAAGUCGCGAAGAAAAAGAUGAUGUUGACUCACCUGGUUGUGCGACCGGGCAUGGGCAGUCGCUCAAACACCAUGUCUAAGCAGGAACUGGAUGACAUUCUGCGUUUCGGCACCGAGGAGCUCUUCAAGGACGAUGAGGGCAAAGCCGAGGACACAAUCCACUACGACGACAAGGCGGUGGCGGAACUGCUGGACCGCACCAAGGAAGGGAUCGAGCAGAAGGAGCUGUGGGCCAACGAGUACCUGGGCUCGUUCAAGGUGGCCGCCUACGUCACCAAGGAGGCCGAGCAGGAAGAGCCUGAGACCGAGGUGCUCAAGCAGGAGGCCGAGUCGGCCGACCCCGCCUACUGGGAGAAGCUGCUGCGCCACCACUACGAGCAGCAGCAGGAGGACAUGGCGCGCUCGCUUGGCAAGGGCAAGCGCGUCCGCAAGCAGGUCAACUACACGGACGCCAUGGGUGCUCAGGACGAUGCCACCUGGCAGGACAACCUGUCUGAUUACAACUCGGACUUCUCCGUGCCAUCCGAUGACAAAGAAGACGAUGACGACUUUGAGGAGAAGAACGACGGCGGCGCGGGAGAGAAGUCACGCAACCGAAAGAGCCGGGGCGGCAGUGAGAAGGACAGGCCUCUGCCCCCACUGCUAGCCCGCGUGGGAGGGAAUAUUGAGGUCCUUGGGUUCAAUGCCCGACAGAGGAAGGCAUUCUUGAACGCUAUUAUGAGAUAUGGCAUGCCUCCCCAGGAUGCUUUUAACUCUCAAUGGCUGGUGCGAGACCUGCGUGGCAAGUCGGAGAAGAACUUCAAGGCGUACGUGUCGCUGUUCAUGCGGCAUUUAUGUGAACCAGGCGUCGACAACGCCGAAACAUUUGCUGACGGCGUCCCCCGGGAAGGGCUGAGCAGGCAGCAUGUGCUGACACGAAUUGGAGUCAUGAGCCUUAUCCGCAAAAAGGUACAAGAGUUCGAGCACAUCAAUGGUAGCUACAGCAUCUUGCCCGAGGAACUUGGCUUAGACAAAAAGAACACCGAGGCGACUGCCGAUGGAGCGGCCGCUUCCGAGGACAAGGACAAGAAACCGUCCACAAAUGAAAACAAGGACAAGGACGGGGCAGCCAAGGACAAGGAUAGCUCUGAGGCUUCAACACCCACGGCAUCAACCGAGGAUGGCGACAAGGCCAAGGAAGCUGCCAGCAAGGAGCUGCCAUCCUCUUCGAGCGAUGCAAAGCCAGAUCCUGAGGCAUCAGAGUCCAAGUCGCAAGACAGCAAGGUAGAAGGCGAGGCCAAGAAAGAAGAGGAAGCGGCACCAUCGUCAGCCAAGGAUGACAAGGAAGUCUCGGUAAAGAAGGAGCUUGUGGAAGAGAGCGUGCCAGAGGCCGUCGCCAGCACGUCCAAAGCGGAGGAAAGCGAGAGUGGGAAGCAGGCUUCCAAGCCGGCUGAAGACGAGAAGAAGCCCGCUGCCACCGACGACAAAAAGUCCGCGGACGGCAGUAGCAGUGGCGGCGAGCGCAGUGGGGCUGCGACGCCUGCUCCGAGCGCGGCAGUGACACCGAAGCCCAUUGUGCCGCUGACCAAGCGCAAGUUCAUGUUCAACAUUGCUGACGGCGGCUUCACGGAGCUGCACACGCUGUGGCAGAAUGAGGAACGAGCGGCCGUGCCGGGCCGCGAGUAUGAGAUCUGGCACCGGCGGCACGACUACUGGCUGCUGGCGGGCAUCGUGAAGCACGGCUAUGGCCGCUGGCAGGACAUCCAGAAUGACGUGGCCUUCAGCAUCAUCAACGAGCCCUUCAAGAUGGACGUGGGCAAGGGAAACUUUCUCGAGAUAAAGAACAAGUUCCUGGCCAGGAGGUUCAAGCUGCUGGAGCAGGCCCUGGUGAUUGAGGAGCAGCUGCGCCGUGCGGCCUACCUCAACCUGACGCAGGACCCCAACCAUCCGGCCAUGGCGCUCAAUACCAGGUUUGCGGAGCUCGAGUGCCUUGCGGAAUCGCACCAGCACUUGUCGAAAGAGUCCCUUGCAGGGAACAAGCCGGCAAAUGCUGUCCUCCAUAAGGUGCUGAACCAGCUGGAGGAGCUGCUGAGCGACAUGAAGUCGGAUGUGAGCCGGCUGCCCGCCACGCUGGCCCGCAUACCGCCGGUAGCCCAGCGGCUGCAGAUGUCCGAGCGAAGCAUCUUGUCGCGGCUGGCGGGCCAGCCGUCAGGGCAGGCGGCGCCCCUGGCAGCCGCCAUGGGACCCCACACCACCGUGAUGCCCCAACAGGCCGCCGCCGCUGCAGCUGGCGCGCCCCCACCACCACCACCAGGAGCUGCCGGACCCUCCUCCGCCGCCGCGGCUGCGGCCGCCGCAGUGGCGGCCGCGGCCGCUUACUCGAGCCAGUCGGCCCUCGCCCAGGCCUCAGGCAUCAGAUACAUGUUGGAGGGAGUGCAGCAGGAGAGGUGUGAUGACUCCAACAGAAUCUCUCAACUGCUGCGAGGAUUUCCUAGUGGGGCAGCUGCAUCGUUGAUGGCAGGCAAUUUCCCUCACCCAUUCAGGGGUCAAUACUAGUCGUGUCCACGGCUAAUCGAGAAUAGAAGUGAGCAACAAGCGAAAGGGCCUUGUACAGUUUGGACAACAGGAAUUAAAGCGAGCCUCCUUUGACGACUGAGAGCUUCUCUUCAACUUUCCAGCAUUUGGUGCAUCUUUACAUUGGCUGCCUCUCAUUGUUGUUGUUUUAUUUUUGCUCUCUUGCACAGCGCCCCCUUCCCAUUUCUUUCUUCUCUCCAACAAGAAAAUGGAAGAACUGUGACAAACUGAUGUUGCAUCUUUAUAAAAGUGUCAUUUUUUGGGAAGGAGGAGGUACGAAUCAUGUCAUUGUGAUUCAUUAGUUUUUUGUUUCAAAAUGGUUUUCUAUUGCUACUACUGCUGCUCGUGGUCCUGUCGGUUGCUUUUCUCUCUCUCUUUUAAUAAGCAAAAAAAAGUCUGCCGUGGUGUGGGGUGUGCGGGGUCUGGGGGGGGGGGGGGAGGUAUCGCGACAUAGGCACGGACGCAAACUGCGGUCGUGUCAAAGAUCGACGAGGAGUAUUUUUAUAUCGCCGGGAAGGGAGGGGAUGGAUUCGGGGGUUGUCUAUUCAUUGCCUCAUUUACGAUGCAAGAAAUGCUUCUCGUUGUCCUCGCUUGCCAGUCAUUUUCCUCGUGCAAGUCCUUCUAUCUUUAUUUUGCGUCUUGUUGGCUGCCGUAAAAGCACACCGGUAUUACCAUAUUUUUCCCCCUUUCUCUUCUUCACAUUUUUUCUGUGCCCUGUUUCCUAUGGAAAGUCGUCGGGCGUGACCAGCUGUUUUUGUUCUUUUAUGUAUUUUUGUAACAUAAGAAAAGACACUGUCAUGUUCAAAAAGGGUAUGGUCUACUUUUGUAAUGAUGAAUACAAUUUUUAAGGCAGUCGCAGUGAUCAUCUUCAAUUGUUAUAGCGACCAGCAGGCAUGUAGACUGCCUAAAGAAAACUUGCCCAGCUGUUGAAAUGUUACUGUACGGUUUAUUGGUCAUGCCAUUUGUUCAUAUCUCCCGUCUUGCGAGUGCACAUUGGGAGAGAAUGAUCGAUAAAAAUUAGGGGCUUAAGUUAAUUUGCUUUUAAAACAGCUCAACGUAGGCCACUGAAAGAUUUCGAGCAUUUUUAUCUCUUUCAGGCGACGUUGCUACUGCUGAGAUUUCGAGCAACGUUGCCAAUAAAAGUUUGCAAUGAAAGUAUUCUUUCAUAAGCUUGUAAAAAUGCCCAGAUUUUAUUUCACCAUACUGGUUCUAUCGAAAUUUUGAUCAUGAUUUCAUUGCAACUUUCUUUGUUGUACCAGCUUAGAUAUGAGCCUCCCAUAGGUGUGCAUGGUGUUUCUUGUGCAAAAAAAUUUUUGGUUUGGUACCUGUAGUGGCCAUUCUGUCGUGUAUAGUCGUCAAAAAUAAAAAUCAUUUCUAUGAA